AUGUCGACCUCUCAGCCUCCCUUGCGCUUCCAUUCCCACGAGUCCCUCACCUCCCGCCUUGUCCUCUCAACCCUCCUGGGCCGCGCCGUACGCAUCGAUCAAAUCCGACCCAAAUCCCCCAUCAACCCCGGUCUCGCACCCCAUGAGAUCUCCUUCCUUCGCUUACUCGAGGCCGUCACCAAUGGCUCGCACAUCGAGAUCUCCUAUACCGGCACCGUGCUGCUCUACAAGCCGGGCCUAGUCACUGGCUCCGCCAGCGGCAGCGGUGCAACAUCCGCAGGCGUGCUGCGACACGAGGUGCCUGCGAACAAUACUAGGGGCUUGAGCUAUUUCUUACUUCCGAUAUGUCUACUGGCUCCAUUCAGUAAAUCCAAAUUCAAUAUUCUCUUUACAGGACCGGGCGUCAUCACCAGCUCCACGGAGCGAUGGGGUGACAUGAGUGUUGACAACGUGCGCACUGCGAUUCUGCCCCUGUAUGCACGGUUCGGUAUCGAGCGAGACAUCGAGCUGCGGAUCCUCAAGCGCUCAAACCCGGGGUCUCGCGGUGUCGGUGGUGCAGGCGAAGUUCAACUGACGUUUGGCCAUCAAGUGCGCCUGCCCAAAACCCUGCAUCAGUUGAAUCCGGGGCGGGUCAAGAGCAUUCGUGGCGUAGCCUACUCUACGGGCGUUUCCGGCAGCAACAAUGCGCGGAUGAUCGAGGCUGCGAGAGGGUUGCUGAACCAGUUCGCCAGCGAUAUAUAUAUCUUCUCGGAUGUGGGCAGUGCCAGCCUGGUAGAUGCCCAUGAGAAGAACAAUCCCAAUGCGAAGAAGAAGGUUGGCCUGGGCUUCGGGCUGUCCCUGGUAGCGGAAAGCUCAAGUGGUGCCCUCUAUUCUGCAGACUCGUCCAGUCCGCCUGAGGGUGGUCAAGCCGCAGAAGAGAUUGGCAAAGCCUGUGCUCUACAGUUGUUGGAGAGUGUGCAGCGAGGUGGCUGCGUUAGUCUAGAGGCAGUCUCUACCGUCAUUACACUUAUGGCCAUGGGAUCGGAAGAUGUGGGGCGCGUCCAACUUGGCCGAGAUGUGUUGGCUCACGAGUCCACGGUGCAACUGGCCCGUGACCUGAAUGCGUUUGGGUCCGCGGGCUGGGGUAUCAGAGAUUCCGACGGUGAGAAAGGGCAAGGCCAAUUGAUCGUCAGCGUUGUGGGGAGAGGAGUUGGUAACGUGGGUCGCAAAGUUGGCUGA